CGCCCCUGUAUAAACAUGGCCGCCGUCAAGUCCUUCGCAGCGUCAGGUACUGCGCUGCUUUAACAGUUGGACUUUAAGGAAGUAGCUGGUGGGGAACUUAUGCAGUAACAGGUGUAAAGAAAAAAAAUGUAGGCCAUUAAGCGACGCAUUUAUCGAUCUUUACGGUGAUUUAUCCGCGUGGGAGCGAUACUAACAAACUUAAUUUAGUAGUUUGCGUUAGCUAGCUAAACGAGCUAACGCCGAAGUCUUAACGUUAACUUCUGUCAACUUAUUUUUAGCUAGCCACAAACUGACUUCUUAUCGCCAUGGAGGAGUGUCGUCGUUCACCCGGAGGAACUCGAUGAAUAUUUCACACACGGAAGGUCUGGAUUAAGUCAGCGACUGACUGAGGAAAACUUUCGGGGAUUUAUUUCCUUUCACUUGCUGGGGCGAAGCAAUUGUUAUUUUUCUGUUUGAGGACCAGUCACAGCGGAAAAACAAUGUUUUCUGCCAAACCCAUGAAACCAACCUUCAGGAGUUAUCUUCCUCCUCCACAGACGGAUUUGAAGAGCAAUAUUGAACCGCCAGUUAAGUUGGAACCCAAGUUCCUUCCAGGAGAGAUCGUUGUCAAUGAGGCAAACUUUGUGAGGAAAUGCAUCAGCACUGACAGCAGCCAGGGUGACCUCUGGGGGAGGUUGAUAUGCACCAACUUUAAAGUCUCCUUUAUUCCUCAAGACCCCCCACCAAAGCAGAAAUCCCAGUUGUCCCACCUGCUCCUCGGACAACAUGACAUAUCCCUGACCUGCCUUGAGCAGGUAGUAACAGUUAAUGAUACACGGGGGAAGCGGAAAGUGUUGGGCUCCAACAAGAAGCUGAAAUUCAACCCAGCGGAGCUUAUCUUGUACUGCAAAGACCUGCGUGUAAUAAGAUUCUGCUUUGAUGAGGCCGGGCCUGAGAGUGCCAAAAAAGUUUGCCUCGCCAUUGCGCAUUAUUCCCAUCCUGCUGAUCUCAACCUGCUUUUUGGCUUUGAGUAUCAAGGACUGAGAUAUCAUCAUUACAAAGGGGACCUAGUCAAUGGCUCCACCCCAAGAGGAGGUAUACAGACUCCAAUAUUUGACUGCCCCUCUGACUGGGAUCGAGAAAUCAAGAGAACAGCGGCUUCAGAGUGGAGGGUUUGCUCCAUCAAUCAGAAAUAUAUCAUCUCUGAAAGUCUUCCAGAGUAUAUUGUGGUCCCCGUUUCUCUAACGGAUCAGGAUGUGAAGUCAUACUCACUAUCGUUCAAUGAUGGACGUGCCCCCCUGUGGUGCUGGAAUCACAGGAAUGGGAGCGCUCUUGUCCGCAUGGCGGGCUCAACAGAGCCGCUGAAUCAGAGGAAAACUGAGCAGAAGAUAUUUACAGCGAUCACUAAAAGUCAUCCACAACGCAGAGAAGUAACCGUGUCAGAUCUGGACAAAGCUCUUCCUAAUAUCCAGGACAUCCAAAGUGCCUUUGUUAAAGCACGACAGAUCUGCACUUUAGACCCUUUUGAGGAAUCAGAGGAGAGAUGGCUUUCAUCCAUUGAGAAUUCACGGUGGCUUGAGUAUGUCAGGAUGUUUUUAAAGUUAUCUGCAGAGGUAGUGUACAGCUUGGAUGGAAAGAAUGUCUCUGUCAUUCUUCUGGAGGAAGAGGACAGAGACCUGAACUGUGUGGUAUCGUCUCUGGUGCAACUCAUGUUAGACCCUCACUUUCGCAGCUUGAAUGGCUUUCAGAGUUUGGUGCAGAAGGAGUGGGUGAUGGCCGGCCAUCGCUUUCUGGACAGAUGCAACCAUUUGAAGAAAAAUGAAAACAAGGAGUCUCCACUGUUCACCUUGUUCCUGGACUGUGUGUGGCAGAUGACGAACCAGUACCCAGCAGCAUUUGAGUUCACAGAAGCCUAUCUGACUGUGCUGAGUGACAGCAUGUGGAUCCCUUUCUUCAGUACUUUCCUCUUCAAUUCUUCUAAACAGUGUUCUCAAGUCUUGCAGGACUUUGCCAAGAACAAAGCCAUCCCUCCAACAGAAGACCACACUGUUAUCUUCCCUCCUGUGUGGAAAUGGUCCCAGCAGUUCUCCAGCAGAGAUCAAACCCUCUUUAAUAACCCCAUGUAUGUUGGUAAAGGAGCUGCCUGUGUUCAGAAUGGAGAAGUCAAAAGCUUUCAGCGCUCAAAGAAAGCCUUCAGUUCUACUGUGCGAAUAUCAAGCACGUCACAGCGUAAUGGACUCAAGGGUGAGGAGGACACAUUGCAACGGCGGGGCUCUCUGAUCUCAGGUCUAAGGGGGGAUUUUUCUCCAGUGAAAGAUGAAAGCCCGGCAGAACGGUUCUUUAGGGACUGGUUUUCUCACCCUGCAGACUUGCAGGGGGUCCUGAUUCCCCUGGUCCUGCCCUCACAUGUGGUUCUCUGGAAGUUGUUCUUUCUGCGCUGGGUUCUUGAAGCUUGCAUCCCAAAAGGAGGCCCUGCCACAGUCUACCACAAAGUAUCCCAACUGGUUGAUGAAAUUGAUACACUGCAAAGCAAGCUCAGGCAGUACAAAGGUGCUAGUCCACAUAGCACCCCUGUUCCAAGUCCAAGCGGACCCCCUCCAGGCCAAAGAAGGAUGUAUUUUAAGGCUAGUUCUGCAGAUGAACCCCCUACAUCUCCCAAUGUCCUUAACUCAUCUUUUCCAUUCAACCCUGUGGGAAAUCUGUGCCGGCGAGGUGUUCAAGGGACUCCGAUUAGCAAAUUUCUGAAUGGGGCAAAAACCUGGCUCUCUACAGAAACCCUGGCUAAUGACACUUUCUAAUGGACUUCUGUCCUAAUUAAUCGGAAUACUUUCCACAACCUUUAGCAUAUGUUCCAAUAAAUAUGCUAACAAAUUAAAAAUAGCCUUUUUAGGAUUUCAAGUUUUGCACACCUUCAUUUAUUAUUACUUGCACCACUAAUGCUGCUCUAAAUCUGAGGUCAUUCCUUAUUAUAGCUAUAAUUCUUAAAACCAAAUCGUUGUCACCAAAAGGGCAUAUUUCGUUUGCGCUAGUAACUCAUUACUGCAAGGUCCUAACUGUAGGGAAAAAAAUAAAAGUUUUAAUCUGGUCUUUUAUACAAUUAAGCAAAAGAAACAAUUAUAUUUUACCCUUCAAUACAUAAUAGUCGAACUACAAGCAUUUGGGAGUUUUAUCAGGGUGGUAUACCUUAACCAUUACAUUCAAAGUUCAUUCUCCAAUCCUUUGUUAUUUCCUUUCUGUUUUAUGUCACUGUAGCAUUGCUAUCAGCUAAAUUAGGAAACACUCAUUUUAGUGUAGCAGCACUGAUGCAAUUCUCUGAUCAGAUUCAAAUAUAUGUGGAUUGUAACUACCAGCUAACCCAAAAUCUGUUCAGUGGUGAAGAUAGAAGAUAUCUGGCCUGUAUGAAUGUAAUAUAGGAAUGAGAAGCAGUUUGCUGUAAUUGUAUUUUUUUAAAUGGCUCUUUUACAACAAAUGGUGGGUUUUCAGGGUCUGACCUUGAUUGUUUUCUGGCUUAAUGUUUCUGUUAUCAAAGUGUGUGUAUUGAUAAUGGGUGAAGGAGCUGUGGGAACUUAAUUCUGUGGUAAAUAUUUCUUCUUUUGCGUUGCAAGGUGUUUACAGAUCUCUCUUUAUUUUUUCUUUUUAAACAUAUGUGCCUUCUGGCAAGGCACUGAGAGGAAAAUGUUCCCAAUGGAGGGCAGCCAAAUUAGCAAUUAUCUGAAAAGGGACAAAUUCUUUAAUUCCAAUAAGUUCCAGGUUUUGAAUCCAAUCUUUCAAAGCCUUAUUUUGACAUGGGCUAAGAUGCGAUAUCUUAAAAAAAAAGGUGCAUUUUCUUUUGUUCUGACAUGGCCCAACCAUCACAUUUAUUUUGCAAUCCACGGCAGAAUGUGGGUGAGAUACAGAGAAGUCUGAAAGUGUUAUAUGGAUACUUGUUUCAGCAGCAGAUAUUUUUGUGAACAUACUCUGAUGAUCAUUACCUAUUCAGAAAAUUAAAAAAACAAGCUGAAGGUAAUUCUAUUCUCAGGAAAUUUAAACUCUGCUUCUGCUCUCUAUCGGAUUGUACACCAUAAAAUGAUUUCUCCCUGGUUUAUUACCAGCUAAGCAAGGACUUUUUUUUGAGACUCUACUGUAGAAAUAUAUAAUCCAGUCUAGAGAAACCAGCACAGUCUCAAAUGUUUGAAUUGGAAACCUGGACCACUUGCACCAAUUGUUUUUUUUUUUUUUUUUUUUUAUAAAUGUUCUUUAAUCCUGCAUCGCUAGAUUAAAUGACAAUAUACAGGAAACUCUUCACUCUUUAGCAAUAAAUAGUUCAGGCGUUUCUUAUAGUUUCAUCUAAGUGCAAACUUGCUCCCCGCAAAUGCUAUUAAUUGCACUUUUUUUCCAAAUAUAGAAUAGAUUAUAAUAAAGAAACUGUUGAACAUAAUUUUGGCAAAUUAUAAGUACUGUAUAUGUUUGAGUUAAUUUUGAUUAAUGGUACUAAAUGAAUCUUCAUUCUUGGUUUAGUCUUUGUAUUUUAUGGAGAUGUAUUUAUAUGCAGUUUUUCCACUAACUUACAUUGUUGCCCUCUGCUGUAAUUGUAUGAUGGUUGUGCCUCUGUGGCACAGUUUCAGAUUGAUGAUCAGCAGAUGUAAUUAUUCACUUAUGCAAAUGUUCUCAAAGAUGGAGGCAGUUACUUCUGGACACCCUUUGUGCCUUUUUUUUUGUAACAAUAUUCUGUUGAGCCGAUUUUGUUUCUAAUACUUGUGACUUAACAGAGCUGUUAAUGUACUAGAAUUCAGGGGGUUUGCACUGAAGCUGUUUUUCCUAACUGAACAUGUAGCUCAAAUAUGUAUACCAGCAACAAAUCAUUAUAUUAGUUUUUGAAUUGAAAAGUGUUCUGUAUUUUUUUUUCCCCCUCUUAACUCUGCUAACAUUAUCAAAUAUAGGAGAUAAAGGCAUCCUGGCCCAGAUGUCACGAAGAAAGCGAAUAGAUUACAAUCUUAUUGAUAUGCAUAUGAGAUUACUGUAUGGAGCUGUUCUAAUAUUAGCCCCUGACUUGAGAUUUGACACCCUGUGUUUUAUUUUCCAUGGACCUAAAUGAAGUACCCACACAUAUUACGAAUUGUUGAGUAUGUUGUCAAAGGGAAAAAAAAGCACAGAGUGAAUAAAGCAACUCUAAAUA